GUGGCGUUAGUGCAGAAUGUCAUAGUUUACAACAAUUUUCUGUUAAUGUGAAACAAAAUAAAUACCAUGGGUAAAGUUACCUUUAUUGAGUAAAAACUUGCUAAAAUACUUCUACAAAUAGAAACAAAGCAAAGCAAGUCUUGGUGUGAAAAAUAAUUCAACAAGUUUCAUUUCACAACAUCAACUUCGAAAGUGUAACUACAUAGUACAUUAUGAUUUAGUUUGUGCUUCUGAUUCACAUGAAGCAAUGAAAAGGAUGCAGUUUUUGUGUUUACUUAUCUUUAUAAAGUUAUUCACUCUUAGCAAGCAGGACGAAACCACUGUUGGAUAUUGUGAUAUUAGUUCUAGAGAAUGUGGUAAUCAAAGUGAUAUUGUUGGAGAUAGAAGAUUGUUAAUUUACGACGUUAACCCUCUGGAAGGCUUUAAUUUACGCCGUGAUGUUUAUAUGAGGUUCGCUAUCUUACUACAUGAGGCCCAGAAACGAGGUAAAAGGAAAGACUGGGUUUUAGUUUUACCGCCCUUUCUGAAUCUUUUACAUUGGCGAUCUGACCAGGUUGAUAACAGACCAAUUCCUUGGUCUACAUUUUUCGACAUUCAGUGUUUGAAUACUUUCGUACCAGUUCUGGAACUGCAUGAAGUGUUUGAUCAAAAUAAAGCAUUAGAAAUUGAUGUUCUGUAUAUAUUACAAGGUUUUGAUGAUCCAUUUGAGAAUGGUAUCUUUGAAGAUAAGUGGCAAAUAACUAGAGACUGUAAAUAUGAUGGUAAUUUAUGGGGCUACAAUAAUAUCACAUUUAAAGAAAUGGUUUGUCUCAGAUUUCAAGGCUUUAUUGGGAAAUUGUGGGAAGUAUUAUUGUUACACCCAAAUGCACAGAAAGUAAUGAUAACUCAUGGUGAAAUACCUCUUCAUAACAAUUAUGGAUCAAAGACAUAUUGGGAUUGCCGUAAAAGCAUGAAAUUCAAUAAAGAUCUUGUUGACACUGCAAAAACAUACAUUUCAUUCAAUUUCGGUUGUAAAGCAGAGUUUUGUUCAAACUUUGUUAGUGUGCAUUGGAGAAGACAAGAUUUCACCCAAAGUAGAAGUAAAGACAUUCCCUCACUAGGUGGCACAGUAAAACAACUUGACAGUAUAAUGAAAAAACAGAAACCAAACAUAACAAAUGUAUUCAUUGCUACUGAUGCAUCUUCUUAUGAGAAAAAUCAACUUAAAUCUAAACUUAUUAUAUUGGGUUAUAAAGUAUAUUUUUAUGUACCAUCUAAUUUAGAAAAAGCUAAAUUUAAAGAUGGUGGUGUAGCAAUAAUUGAGCAAAUAAUUUGUUCAUACAGUUCUUAUUUUGUGGGUACUCAUGAAAGUACUUUCACAUUUAGAAUUCAGGAAGAAAGAGAGAUUAUGGGUUUUGAUAGCACCUCUACAUUUAACAGACUCUGCCCUGAUACUGGAUUUUGUGAGAAACCAUCAAAAUGGACUGUUGUUAACUGAAUGAUUAUGUAAUGACUAGUGGUAAUGAUAUUUAUCAGAAUAAUAAUUUUGAAUAUAUAAUGUUGCCAUACUUGAUCAGAAUAAUCAGAAUCAGAGCAAAUAAAUAUAAUACAGCAAAUAAACUUAAUACAAACCUUAAUAAUAUGAAUGAAGUAAAUUUGUUGUCUAACUGCAUUCUAAAGAAGGCUUGUUGUCUUCCUUACAAUAUAACAAGAAAUUGGUAUAUUCAAUGUCAUCACCCAAUUGUUGUAUUGUCUAGAUUGUGAUAUUUGCCUGGGAGCAUAUGGAAAUUCUUUACAUACCUUUUAGUUUAGAUUUGAGUUCUAUUAAUUUUGCAGAGUUGUAAUUCAAAUUAACUCUUGGUAAAAUUAAAUAAUUUUAUUCACAUUAUUUCACAUUCAAGAUGAAAUGAAUGUUAAAAACAAAUUUUAUCUACAAUAGAAAUAUAUUAAAGAUCAUAUUAGAAGAAGAAAAACCACAAAAAACUUAAAGAGGUUCUCUCCAACAAUUCUCCUUAAUUUCAUCUCUCAGUCUCCUCAAUCAUCCAACGCUCAUAGUUCAGUCAUCUUUCAUCACUGUCAUGCACUCAAUAUCUUAUGGUUUGUUCCCAUUCAGUCACACCUCGAUCUGUAACACUGUUACUCAAUGGGAAAAAAAUUCCCGUUGUGUACCAGUGGUACACAUUGCAACUAUCGUUUUCUCACUGAGUAACACUGUUACACAAUGGCACUUUGUAUUCCCGAUCAGUAACACUGGUUAAGAAUAUUUUUUAUAAAAGAAUUUCUAAUGUUUGUUUAAUUAAUUCUUAAUUGAAAAAGAAUAAGACAUGUAACGAAUUAGUGUAGAAAAUACAUAUAUUGUAGUCUUCGAUCUUAUAUCUUAUUGGCCAUCCAGUUCCACGAAAACUAUUGUUUUAAUUGUGCUCUGAAAUACGCCGCAAGUGAGCUGGCGCAGGGUUCAAGUAAUUCAGGUAAGUAAAUGAUGUCACUUAAUAAACAAUGAAAAACAUUAGCGAAUGGCGGCUUUUUGCUAAAAUAGAUAACCAAUGGGCAAAGGGCAAAACAAACCAAUACUUACUAAGAUAUUAUUAUACCAAUACUUAUUUCAUUGAUAUCUACAUAAAGGGAAAAUGUAUCAAUGAAACAUUAUAUCUUAGCUAGAAAUAGUUACAUUUCCCAUUCUAGGUAUAUAAUAUACGCUGAAUUUAUAUUUUGGUUAUUUUUGGUGGCUUUUCCGCCGCCAUUCGCUAAUAUUUUUCAUUGUGUAUUAAGUGACGUCAUUUACUUACCAGAAUUACUUGAACCCGGCGCCAGCUCACUUGCGGCGUAUUUCAAAGCACAAUUGAAACAAUAGUUUUCGUGGAACUGGAUGGCCAAAAAGAGAUAAGAUCGAAGACUACAAUAUAUGUAUGUAUUUUAUACACUAAUUCGUUACAUGUCUUAUUCUUUUUCAAUUAAGAACUAAUUAAAAAAACAUUAGAAAUCCUACUACUAUUAUAAAGGCGAAAGUUUGUAUGGAUGUAUGGAUGUUUGUUACUCUUUCACGCAAAAACUACUGAACCGAUUACCAUGAAAUUUGGUAUGUAGCUAGUAUAAGCACUAGAGGCCGCCCGCGACUUCGUCCGCAUGGAAACCCUAUCAAUCCCGCGGGAACUCUGGGAUAAAAAGUAGCCUAUGUGUUAUUCUGGGUCUUCAGCUACCUACAUACCAAAUUUCAUGGUAAUCGGUUCAGUAGUUUUUGCGUGAAAGAGUAACAAACAUCCAUACAUCCAUACAAACUUUCGCCUUUAUAAUAGUAGUAGGAUUCUUAACCAGUGUUACUCAUCGGGUAUACAAAGUGCCAUUGUGUAACAGUGUUACUCAGUGGGGAAACGAUAGUUGCAAUGUGUACCACUGGUACACAACGGGAAUUUUUUUCCCAUUGAGUAACAGUGUUACAGAUCGAGGUGUGACUGAAUGGGAACAAACCUAUCUUUAUCUUAUUAUCAACAUAAUCUAUCUUAUUAUCAAACCUAGUGCACCAUCAACAUGGUGCACUAGGUUUUAUACAAUAGCAACACUAGACUAUCACUGUAGACUGUCAUUAUUUCAAAAGUGGAUUGUUUCAAUAGUAGCUCCUUCUGACCAUUUGAACACUACUCCACCAGAUGACUUCCUUUCAUUCUAAUCUAUACUAAUAUUAUAAAACUCAGAGUUUGUUUGUUUGUUUGAACGCGCUAAUCUCAAGAACUACUGGUUCCAAUUGAAAAAAUAUUUUUGUGUUGAAUAGACCAUUUAUCGAGGAAGGCUUUGGGCCAUAUUACAUCACGCUGCAACUAUUAGGAGCAAAGAAAUAAUGGAAAAUGUGAAUAAAAAAAAAUGGGGAAAAUUAUUCACCCUUGAGGGCUUCAAUGAUGCUCAAAAUAACUACUCCAUGCGGACGGAGUCGCGGGCACAGCUAGUAACUUUAAUAAAAUAACGGAGCACUUGGUUAAAUAAAAGAUAUUUUAAAGAUGAGAGGUAGAGACAUGACAUGAAUUGUAUAAAUCUCGUGUGUAUAAAUAAUUAUUCAGAGUUGUGUUUCGUGAAAAAGAAAAUGCAUACCUACUCCUUCAAACAGUAAAAUACUAAUCAAAACUAAUUCGACACUUCGACGCGCGUUAUUUAAAUAAGCAAUUAAUGCAAAGUUAAAAUUAUUAUUAUAACUUUGCAUUAAUUGUUAUAAUAAUUUUAUUAUAACCGACACAAACCACAACCACAAAUCAGUUGAGAAGGAGGGGAAAAAUGUAGCAAGAAAUUGAGAGGCGUUGAAACAAAAGUCUUAGAAGGAAAGGUACCAGUCCCGGUUCCAUAGCACAGACUUAACCCGGGGUUUACCCGGGUAUUUGACAUUGAUGAGCCCGGGCAUAUCACAUCACGUCAAUACAACGCCACACACGACCACGACACAAACAAAGAGCAUUUUUCUUGUAUAUUUACCUACGAAAUCAUAUUAUGUACAAUAUGCAUAAUAAUUAAUAACAGAGAUCGCAAUUACUGUUAAUCUUUAGUGAAAUUAUGUUCCAUACUAAGACUAAUACUUUAUAAAUAUAAUAUUACAAGAAAAACACAUUUGUCAUAUCUACAAAGUACCUACGUACGUCUUUUUUUAUUAAUCAGACUAGAAUGAUUAUAUGACAUGGUGUGUAUGACGUAAAAGCAAUUUAUUUUGAAGAUGUGCGUGGUGGUUGGUGUACAUAGGUACCCGUUUACACCAACCACCACACACAUACCUAGUAGAACUAGAAUUCUCGAUCUAUACCUGUGAGUAGAGUUAUAGGUAUGUAAGGACCUAUUUAUUUAAAAUUUUGUUAAAUUAUUUUUAUAAAAGUAGGUAUUUUGUCCCUAGGUAAGUUAUGGAGUGUCUACCAUGAUCAAUGCAUAUUUUUACGUUUUCAGUUAAAAGUGUCUAUCAAAUUAAUACCAAAGAUCUAUAUGAUAUUAAUUAAAAAUUUAAUUGACCUAUAAGAAAAUGUUUAUGUAUUUUUUUUUAUACCUUUCAUACACUAUGUCGAAUUGUCGACAUAUUACUUUUUAAUUUUAAUAGGAUACAUAUUUUUUGGCAAUUCUCACGAAACCAAAAUAUUCAACGCAGACGGGGAGUUGCGGGUGAAAACUAGUAAUAUAAUAAAGCAAAAUUAUUCAAUUACCGUCUUUUUCCUCCUGGUUCGUUCCUGUUAUUUCCUCUCAUCUAUGGAAAGGAGCCUGGGGUGAGCUUUUGUAAGUCAGUAAGGGUCGGGAUUUUACACAAAGCAAUUUCCGUUUAACCUCCGCAAUCUCCACCCCUACUAUACAAUUAAUUUAAUAUUUGCUCUAAGUUGAGCUCCCAUAUAACAAGUGUAAUUCUUUGUAUGCGUGCGUUUUUUCUUAGUUAAAGCUAUGAUAACGUACCUACGGAAACGUUCACACGCGAGUAUUACUUGUAGUUACUUGCUCAGUUUUAGGUAUAUUAUCCAAACCGAAAGUGUCUUAGGUAUUUUAAGGAUUUGUAAAGAAAAACUCGCCAAAUUACAUACAUACAUACAUAUGGUCACGUCUAUAUCCCUUGCGGGGUAGACAGAGCCAACAGUCUUGAAAAGACUGAAUGGCCACGUUCAGCUAUUUGGCUUAAUGAUAGAAUUCGUUAGAAUAGAUUAGAAUUCAACAUUCAUAACACUAAUGACUUUUAAUUUUAUGUGGUUUUUGAUAAUAAAUGAAUUCAUGACUAGGGUGACCAAAUCAUUUAUGGCGUAUGAAAUAAUGCAUAAUUUUUUUUAGCUUUCUAUCAAAUUUUAUCGAGCGAAAUAAAUGGCUGGCAAUCCUAACUGGUUUUGAUAGAGCAAAAGAAUGUAGUCUUCUUUCAAAAACUGACUACGAAGUGAAUAGGCAAAGAUUAAAACAUGAAACAGUUCAAUUCUGUAA